AGCGAGGUGGACAUCAUGCACCUGGGCCUGCCGUUCGGGCGCGUCACCAACGUUCUGGUGCUGAAGGGCAAGAACCAGGCCUUCAUCGAGAUGGCGGACGAGACGGCGGCCUCGGCGAUGAUCAGCGUGUUCCACACCAACCCACCGUUCGUUCGCGGCCGAACGGUCUACGUGCAGUACUCCAACCAUCGGGAACUGAAGAUCGACCAGAACCACAACGUCACGAAUGCGCUGCAGGCACAGGAUCUAACGCAAUCGCCGACCGGAUCGCCACUACCGCUCUCGAUCGACCACACCAACAGCAACUCGCAAAAUUCGGCCACCAACAACUCGAACAGCACCACCACGACACAGAGCAGCGGCGGUGGCGGUGGUGGCGGCGGUGGUGCCCCCAACACCGUGCUGAGGGUGAUCGUCGAAUCGCUCCUCUAUCCGGUUUCGCUCGACGUGCUGCACCAGAUAUUCCAACGGUUCGGCAAAGUGCUGAAGAUUGUCACCUUCACUAAAAACAACUCGUUCCAGGCUCUCAUACAGUACCCGGACGCGCAGACGGCGCAGAACGCGAAGCAGUCGCUGGACGGGCAGAACAUCUACAACGGCUGCUGCACGCUGCGCAUCGACAACAGCAAGCUGACGGCGCUGAACGUGAAGUACAACAACGACAAGUCGCGGGACUACACGAACCCGUCGCUGCCGUCGGGAGAACCAGGUAGUGACGUUAUUGCCAGUGCCGGCGGGCUCGUGUCCGCCAGCGACCUGCUGCUCCUUGCGGCCGGUCAACGGCCGCAAAUGGGCCGCGAUCGACUAGUGAACGGCUUAGCGACGCCCGGCGUUAUACCGCCGUUUGGACUCGGCAUCGGAACGCCGGCCCUCGCCAGCGCCUACGGCGGUGCCCUGCCCAGCCUGAACGCGUUUGCGCUCGCCUCGAACGGAGGCCUCGGCACGCCGAACCCGGCCAACGUGCGCGGACUGUCGAACGUGCUGCUCGUGUCGAAUCUCAACGACGAGAUGGUCACGCCUGAUGCUCUAUUUACCCUCUUUGGGGUGUAUGGUGAUGUACAACGUGUAAAGAUUCUCUACAACAAAAAGGAUUCAGCCCUGAUUCAGAUGGCUGAACCCUACCAGGCGUAUUUGGCUAUGACCCAUUUGGACAAGCUCCGUAUCUGGAACAAAGCGAUCCGCGUGAUGCCGAGCAAACAUCAGGCGGUGCAGCUACCGAAGGAGGGCCAACCGGAUGCCGGUCUGACCCGCGACUACGCACAAAAUCCGUUGCACCGGUUCAAGAAGCCGGGCAGCAAAAACUACCAGAACAUCUAUCCACCGUCAGCUACACUGCAUUUAAGCAACAUUCCAUCUACCGUAACCGAGGACGAGAUCAAGGAAGCCUUCACCAAGAACAGCUUCGACGUGAAAGCUUUCAAAUUUUUCCCGAAGGACCACAAGAUGGCCCUCAUACAGCUCAGCUCAGUGGAGGACGCCGUGUGUGCGCUGAUCAAGAUGCACAACUACCAGCUGUCGGAGUCGAACCAUUUGCGCGUCAGCUUCUCGAAGUCCAACAUCUAA